AUGUCUGCAUCGGGUACUAGUCGUAAGAAAGCACUGCUCAAAGUGAUCAUACUGGGCGACUCGGGCGUUGGCAAAACCUCAUUAAUGAACCAGUAUGUGAACAGAAAAUUCAGUAACCAGUACAAGGCAACAAUUGGCGCCGAUUUCCUCACCAAAGAUGUAUCGAUUGGCGAUCGAACAAUUUGGGAUACAGCUGGCCAGGAACGCUUUCAGUCGUUGGGUGUUGCGUUUUAUCGAGGGGCUGAUUGUUGUGUACUUACUUAUGAUAUCACUAACGCUAGUUCUUUCAAAAGUCUCGAAUCGUGGAGAGACGAGUUCUUGAUUCAAGCAAGCCCCCGCGAUCCCGAGCAUUUUCCAUUUGUUCUAUUGGGCAACAAAAUCGACCUAGAAGCGAAGCGUGCUGUUAGUGCCAAAAGAGCGCAGGCCUGGUGCCAAACAAAAAAUAAUAUCAAGUAUUACGAGGGCCUCUCGCUGCAAGUAAGCACGUGA